AUGGUCAAUUCGUCUGCAGUACAAUUAUUGGGUCUUUUUUACGAUCUAUCGGACAACACAUCAUCAUCUGCAUGGUCUACUCAAGCUCGUGCCAUGUUUCAAUCUGCUGUCAUUCUUUCACAACGUUACAAUAUUACUAUACAAGGGCAACCGAUCACUUGGCAAUCUGUGCAGACCGAAGGAGACUCCCUGACUGCUCUCGCAACAACAUGUCAACGAAUCACGAACUCCACUAUUGUGGGCAUCGUUGGGCCACCGUAUUCGAGAGAAUCGGCUGUUUUAGCACCUUUUUCCGAACGAAUUGGCAUUCCACUUGUUUCAUAUGCUGCAACCGAUCCAACACUAUCUGAUUCCAGCACAUAUCCGACAUUCUAUCGCACUGUUCCAGCUGACACAACAGCAGCGUUGGCUAUCGCUCAACUUUUCCUUCAGUUUAACUGGAGAUCGGUCAUUGUCAUCUAUCAAAAUGAUGCAUAUGGCAUCGGUGGAGCAACGGCGAUCGCCGACGUCUUCAAUCAUCUGAAUCUGACCGUCGCCCAGAGCAUCAUUUUUGACAUAGCGUCAUUGUCGAUUCGAGGUGAUCUCAGAAGCCUUCUCAUGAAUAGUCUUACACGGAUAGUUGUACUGUGGAUGGAAAGUUCCCAUGCUCGUCUGGUUCUAGAAGAUGCGAUUCGAUUCGAUGUUCUUGCUCCUCACUUUACAUGGAUCUUCAGUGCAAAUGUACCAUUGGAUAAUUUCAAUACUACCGAUGCACGACGGAAAUUGGCUGGCAUGCUCACUGUCGAACCUGCCGUUGGCAGUGCUGUUGGUGGAUUAAUCAACAGUACGUUGUUGAACGAAGCAUAUGACAUUUGGAAUCGAUAUGAAGCCGACUCAUUUCCCGGCGUGGAUAACGUAAAUUCGUACGCCUUAUUUGCAUUUGACGCGACUUGGACAUUGAUCCAAGGUCUGACGCAACUGUGCUCAUUGAACAUAUCGAAUACAUCAUGUUCAUCAUUCAGUGGAGACUCAUUCUGUUUUGAUCGACGUUUAGUUUCUUCUGAUCUAUUUAUUAACAUUCUCAAUCGUAAUGCCUUUCGCGGUGUGACAGGACCUAUUCAAUUUCAUAAGAAUACGACCAAUCGAAUCGAUGGAAACUAUUACAUUGCAAGAAAUAUUCAUGGAUAUUCAACGGGCUUAGAGUAUGUUCCAGGAUUAAUAUGGUCGAAUUCAGGCGGAUGGACACGAAAUGCGCACACAAAUGUGAUCAUAUGGCCAGGAACAUCUUUGGUAGUACCUUCUGGAUAUAUUGAAAUAUCUCGAUUGACAUUACAGGUCGCAGUAAUCGAAGCACCUCCAUUUAUAAUUAGGCGAGAGUUUAGAAACGAAUCCGGUGGUAGCUAUACCAAAUUAACUGGUUAUGUAUCUGAAUUCAUAGAACAAUUGCAAGAUAACUUGGGUUUUACCGUGAGUAUAAGCUAUUUUCCGUCAGAUCAAUCGUACAACGAGCUCAUCGAUGCCGUAGCGAAUGGUACUUUUGAUCUGCUGAUCGGUGAUGUGACUGUAACAUCGAGUAGAAGAGAAAAAGUCGACUUUUCAAGUUCGAUAUUCGAUAAUUCAUUGCGUGUUAUUAUACGUGAAACGCCCGACUCUGAAUUAGAUCUUUGGUCGUUUCUCAAACCAUUUUCUAUUACGCUCUGGAUUGUGUCCUUUGCUGCCAUCGUCUACGUCGGCUUACUAUUCGCUAUCAUAGAGCGAGAAUUCAAUGAAAUGCUGCAAAAUCGAUCAGUCCUAUCUUUGAUUGUGAUGAGUUUGUGGUUUUCAUUUGGCACAAUCACUGGCUAUGGUGUCGACUUCUAUGCAACGACAGCUGCUGGCCGUGUACUAACAGUUGGUUUGUACGUUCUAAGUCUAGUAUUAGUUGCAACUUAUACUGCACAUCUAACGUCGGAUUUAACAGUAAAGAAAGCAGCAGAGUCUAUUUCUGGAAUUGAUGAUAUCAAAAACCGUAAAGUUGAAUCGAAUCGCAUUGGAAUUCUCGUCAAUACGUCUAUCGAAGACUAUUACUUGAGAGAAAUCUCGGCAGGAAAUCGAAAUUUUUAUCCUCUGAAAUCACUGAAUGAAAUGUUCGAUGCUCUAGUUAACAAUCUGAUCGAUGUAUCCAUCAUGGAUGCAGGCAUACUUGAAUACGCGACAAGUAGUACUUACUGUAAUUUAACAUUAGUUGGCAAGGAUUUCGAUCGAAGUGCAUUUGGUAUUGUAUUUCAGAAGAACUGGUUAUUCAAUCAAAAUCUUGAUGUCGCUGUUCUAACAAUGAAAGAGUCUGGUGUAUUGGAUAAUUUAAAAAUCAAAUGGUUUCAAUCGAGUGCAUGUUCGUAUACAGAAGAAACUUCCGUCGCCAUGUCUAUUGAGUCAAUGGCAGGUUUGUUUAUGACAUUUGCAAUGAUUACUACCAUCGGUAUAUUGUGGUUCAUCUGUAAGAAACGAUCGGCUAUCAAGCAACAUCUGUUGACAUGGUUCCGAGGAGAAAAGCCGCAACCUGAACGAAACCACACUGCAGAAGCAACACCGAACGAAACUUUAGCCGAUGCGCGUAUUACCUCGUAUUUAUAG